AGCUUGUAACUUAUCGGCUCCAGAAUGGCGCCGGGUUGAUGUGUUGAUAUGUCAAAUGGCGCGCCAAGCAGCAGCCUGGGCGCAAUGUUUGCCUGGCUGAUGGGCCUGGAGCAAUGCGUUUGCCACCGCGAGCGCGGCAGCCUCUGGGAGCAUGACAUGGAGGUGAACGAGAGCUUUCCUGCCGUGCCGGGGUUCAAGGAUACCAUCCCAGGCGAGCCCGGCUCGGGCGGCUUGCGGGGCAAGCUGCCAGCCGGGCCACGGCUCCGCGCGGUGCCCACUUUCCAAGCCGCAGAGACGGAGGCCAUGAUCGGGGAGCCGCAGAUGAUUGGGACCCUGAUGCAGGUCAAGCUGGAGGAGUCCGUUCAGCAGAUGACCGUGACCCUCUACGCCAAUGGCUUUACCAUGCAGCCGCCGGGGGGAGGCGAGGCCAGCAAAAUCAGCCGCGCCUGGUCUCCCUUCUCAUUGGUGGAGAAGUGCCAGGUGAAGACCUUGCAGCACUCCGCCUAUUGGGCGGUCUUCAAAUUAACUGUCUUCCGAGCUGGGGUGCACGACUUGUGCCUCUACUUUGCGUGCACUGGCGGCAACGCCUACAAGGAGAGGGACCGAUGGGUGGAGAAGAUCGGGAGCCUGGUGGGCCACGUGACCCAGUCCUUAUACCCGCUGUCUUCCAUCCAGGUGCAGCCCUUGCCGGGGAAUGAAGCCACCAGUACCCGGAUACUGGCAGGUUUUCUCCUGCACGGUGCCGCGAUGGACACCUGUGAGCUCGUCUACGUGGAGCUCCACGCGUACGCACGGGGCGAGUCCAAGUUGACCCUGUACCGUGAUGAGUGGUGCGACCGUGAGUUGGCUACGCUGAUCUUGUCAGAGGCCACGACCGUGAGUACCAGAUCAGGGGUGCAUUGCAAUGUCUUUGGCAUCGAUCAUCACCGCUUCUGCGCGCGGAACGGGGAUGAGAAGGACCUUUGGCUCCGAGCGGUGAGCAACGUGAAGGUGAAGCUCAUGUUCGAAGCGCCAGAUCCCACAGCAGAGGAGAUUUGGAUCUUCCGCCACGCGGUCCAAGAGCGCGUGGCGCUCCUCCAUGAUGGCAAAGCGCAGGGAGGCAAAGCUCUUCUGCUGGAGGUGACCAACCGCCCUCCGGCGAGCCCCACCGGGGAUGCCAUGGAUCCUGAGCCCAUCGAGGAGGCCGAGGUCAGUCAGGAGAAGGAGGCGAAGAUUAUGACAGGCGGCAGUGGGGAUGUGGCUGCCGGCCCGGAGGCGAAUGACCUCCGGCAGGCCCAGCGCCCAAGCCAAAGCAGCCGACAGGAUCCGCUGAGGCCUGAGCAGAGUGAGCACACCGAUUCGCAGGAGAUUCCUUGUGACGCGGGUGAUGGCGAGAUCAUGCCGGGCGAAGGCAAUGUGGCGGCUCGGUUGCCCCGGGUACGCGCAGCGGGGCGCUUGCGGGAGGACGCCGCUUAUGAGGCAAUCCUUCACAAUGCACCGGUGGCCAGAGAGGCCCCCAAGGAGUUGGAUGAGCCCGAAGUGGCCGCCGAGAGCGGAGCGAGCUUCGCCGAGAACCUGGCCCGGCGGCAGCCGCUGGCUCGGCAGACGGCCUACGAGGGGCAUGAGCUCAGCGAGAAGGCGCUGGAGUGCAUUGCCCACUGCACCGGAGCGCAGCCCGCCUCUUCGGAACCGCGGGGCAUCGCCAUUUGAAGGCCCGGCCUGACGGCCUCGAGGUCGGCGACGGCCCAACCAAGGUCACCACCCUUCGGUGGGCCUUCCAAGAAAUCUGGGCAGGGGACUCGUUCAAUGGCUUCUAGCAAACGAGUUGCGAUCGCUUGCACAGGAC